AUGGCUUCGUCGGAUGAAGAUGUGGACUACGAUGAGGACGACGGCCCCGAGGAUGCCUUCCAGUCAAUCCGGAUUCCGUUGGGCCACCCACCGGUGCUGUUUGGUCUACCAGGCAGUGAGGAGCUCAUGCGGGAAAUCUUGUCGCACCUGAAGUGGCGAUUCGGGGAGUGUGCCUUUCAGAUGUUCGACAACGGCGAAAUCGGCCCCAAGAUACUGCACACCGUGGCAAAUCAUGAUGUGUUCGUCGUGAUUGCUAGAAAUGAUGCGAUGUCGGAGCUGAAUUUCUCGCUCAUGCGGUUGCUGCUCACGGUGGAUGCCUUGAGAGGAGAGUCCCCGCAUCGCCUCACUGUGGUGAUGCCUUGCCUCGAGUAUGCUCGGCAAGACCGGAAACUGGUGGCGGGAGAGGCGAUUGCACCGAAGCUGUUACUGCGCUGCAUCCGCACAGCAGGUGCCACCCGCGUCCUGACUGUGGACUUGCACAACCAAGCUGAAGCUGCCUUCAGCCCAACUGGCAUGGUCUUAGACGAGUUGAGCUCAGAUGUUUAUUUAGCUGAUUUCAUCAAGCGCAACGUGACAAACUUCGAUGAAGAUCACACUGUCGUUUGUGCCACCAAUGGUGGUGGGAUGAAGUUCACUCGAAGAAUGGCAGAUAUCCUUCGUGUGGGCUUUAUCAUGGCGGACCGCUUCCGACAACAGGGUGGCGGACGAGGAGAUGUCAAAAUCAUCUCGGACUCCGAGUUAAAAGCUGUGUCCACGGUCAUUGUCAUCGAUGACAUGUUUGACACUUGUGGCAAUCUGGUAGAAGUUUGCUCGGCCUUGCAUCUUCUCCUGCCAAAAGCGGAUCUCUACGGAGUUGCUCCCCAUGGCUAUUUUUCUGGAGAUGCGGGUGAAAAGGUCAAGGGAUUGGUGCAAGAUCCUUGGUCCUUGCUUUAUCGCUCGGGGACAGACUGCAACUUGCAAUGGCUGGCGGUCACCAACAGUGUGGAUCAAACAGCUGCUUUGCAGAGGUUGGCAGCGGCAGGGCUUGAAAGCCGCAUCAAAGUUAUCGAGAUUUCCAAGCUGCUGGCAGGUGCAAUCGCGAGACUUCAUUUGGGCGCUCCGGUGAAUGUCUCCAAGUUCAAAAGUUUGGGGCCCAAAGACAUCGAUCCUGUCUUGGCAGAUGCCCCGCAAGCACCCGCAGCUCCGUUGCCAGCAGAUGCCACGCGCCACGCAGAGUUACGGAAGCGCGUCUCCUCUGCGUGA